CAGAAAAGGUAGGGGGUGGUGGUUCCCUUCCGUUUCAUUCAAAACUAUACAUAUAUUUGUAUGCCUCCUUAAAUGUUGCUCUAGGAGCUUCGUGUCUUCAUAGUACUUCAUGCUGCGCAUGCGUCACAGUCUUGCUCGCCCACUUGGAGAUCAACAAACCUAUCUUGGAUUUCAAGAUUCGUGGCAUAUAUGCAUGUAUAUAUAGUACUCCAUCUUCCUCUGCUAGUACUGGUCGCCAUUGCCAAUAUAUAUAUGGCGUAAGUGGAUGCAUAUGGUUUGCACCCGGAUCUCUCGGUCUACUGCAUAACCUUAUUUUAAAGGAUGCAGGAGAGCUGCCAAAUUAAGAAGGCGACAGCAGAGUAUCAAAGUUACAGCCCGAGGACACAAGACCUUACAGGACGGGAAAACUGAAAAAACAACUUAGCUACUAAACAAAAAACAACUCAAGAGUAAACCAAACAACAGAAGAAAGAAGAUUGAAGAAGACUAAGGUCCAGGAAAGAGUAUGGCAAUGGCGCUAUCAGCUUCCCCGGUUCACCAAGAUCCACAGCUAGGGAAGCAGUUGAGGAACCAGCUUGCUGCAGUCGUGAGGAGCAUCAACUGGAGUUAUGCCUUCUUUUGGUCCCCUUCAAGCACUCAGCCAGGAGUCCUGACGUGGAAGGACGGGUUCUACAACGGCGAGAUCAAGACAAGGAAGAUCGCCAACUCGGCAGAGCUGACGGCCGACCAGCUCGUCAUGCAGAGAAGCAAGCAGCUGCGGGAGCUCUACGAGUCCCUCCUGUCCGGCGAGUGCAACCACCGCGCGGCGCGGCCCAUCGCGUCGCUGUCGCCAGAGGACCUCGGCGACACCGAGUGGUACUACGUGGUCUGCAUGACCUACGCCUUCAGGCCUGGCCAAGGGUUGCCAGGCAGGAGUUUUGCGAGCAACGAACACGUCUGGCUGUGCAACGCUCACCUUGCGGAUAGCAAAGCCUUUCCCCGCGCGCUCCUGGCGAAGAGCGCGUCUAUUCAGACGAUCAUCUGCGUCCCCCUUAUGAGUGGCGUGCUUGAGCUGGGGACAACUGAUUCGGUCAUGGAGGACCCAGACGUGGUAACUCAAGCCACCACAUCUUUCUGGGAGCUCCAGUUUCCGGCAUGUACGGAGGAGCCGAGCUCCAGCCCUUCAACAGAUGAAACCGGCAAGGCCCCCGACAUUAUUCUGUUCGAGGACCUCGAUCACAAUGCCAUGGAAACAAUGAUCGCCGGGGCACAGGAGCUAGGUGAAGUGGAGAGGCUGUCAAAUGCCAGCCUCGAACAUAUCACGACGGAGAUCGAUGAGUUUUACAGCCUCUGCGAGGAACUGGACGUGCAGCCUGUUGAAGAUGAUUGGAUCAUGGAUGGCUCUUUCGAAGUCCCCUCUUCACCACAGCCAGCGCUGAGGGCUACUACUACCUCAAGUAAUACACCUGCUGAUGGUUCUCACCUGACGAGUUUUACAGCUUGGACGAGAUCAUCAGACUACGAUGAAAUGAUGGUGCCCACCAUCAGAGAGCCGCAGAAGUUGCUGAAGAAAGUGGUGACUGGCGGAUCUUGGAUGAACAGUGCACGUGGUGGUAGCACGAGGAGAACCCAAGAAAGUGGCAUCAAGAACCACGUCAUGACAGAGAGAAGGCGCCGAGAGAAACUCAAUGAGAUGUUUGUGAUUCUCAAGUCAUUGGUUCCAUCCAUUCACAAGGUGGACAAAGCAUCUAUUCUUGCUGAAACGAUAGCCUACCUCAAAGAGCUUGAGCGAAGGGUACAAGAGCUGGAAUCCAGCAGGGAACUCAUCUCACACCCAGACGAAGCAAGAGGGCAAAAGAGGCAUGACAGAGAGAUCAUCGAGAAGAGAGCCUCUGGAGCCAAGAGGAAGAAGGCCUCGGAGCUCAGAGCUGACAUGGAGGGGGAACACAACUGGGUCCUCUCCAAGGACGGCACUAGCAACGUCACUGUCACGGUCACGGAAAAGGACGUGCUCCUCGAGGUGCAGUGCCGGUGGGAGGAGUUGCUGGUUACUCGUGUGUUUGACGCCAUCAAAAGCCUCCAUUUGGACGUUCUCUCGGUUCAGGCAUCGACCCCGGAUGGCUUUAUGGGGCUGAAGAUACGAGCUCAGUUUACCAGUGCUGCUGCCGUUGUGCCUGUGAUGAUCAGCGAGGCUCUUCGUAAAGCUAUAUGUAAGCGAUGAAGGGACGGGUAAUAUCGCAGUCCUUUAGUAAAUUACCAGAGAUAGUUUGAUUUUCUGACAGUUGGAUCUGUAUGGGAACAUUUUCAUGAAUCGUAGCAAAGUAAUAUUUCUUGUGGGGGUCUCUAUUUUUUGCAAAAUGUGGUAUACUUGUUCGACUUUCAGGGCCAGCCAAAUCCAAUUUGAUUUUUUUUAACCACAGAUUGGCCACUGAUGUUUUCUUUAUUGAAUACUCCAAUGAAUCAGAACUAUAUGUCCUUAUGAAAACAAAACCAUUAAUUCCAAAAGAACCUGCAGGUGCCCUUUUUGGUACAAUUUUUGCUUCAGCUUUUUGGAGAAAGAAAAGUAGAAGUGUCGGCAGGUCACAAGGAAGUAGAAGUUAUGACAGUAGGCCCAGAUUGUGCAGGUAGAAGCCAACACAAUUAUGCAUGUAGCAUUGAAGAUUCGUACAUCAACAGAUUUGUGGUGACACAUGAUUUUUUGACGUGUUUGGAA